GAAUAUGAUAGAAUCCAGGGUGUUCCAUAUCCAGUCACAGGCGAACACCGCUUUUGGUGUCAUGCAGGAGCUUCGCAUCAACCAGCAGCUGUGUGACAUUGUUCUCUGCGUCGGAGGAGCCAAAUUUUCCGCCCAUCGUGUUGUAUUAGCUGGGUGCAGUCCCUACCUUCGGGCCAUGUUCACCAAUGGAAUGCUAGAGUCAGAACAAGAGUUUGUGGAGCUGCAUGGGAUCGAACCCUCAACCAUGGAGCUGCUGCUGGACUUCAUGUACACCUGCACCAUUGAGGUCACGGUGGACAAUGUGCAGGCUGUGCUGCAGGGAGCAAGCAUGCUGGGAUUACAAGCUUUGCGUACUAUGUGUUCACACUUCCUGCAGAAUCAGCUGACAGCGUCCAACUGUUUAGGCAUCCAUUACUUCGCUGAUGUUUACUCCUGCACGGAGCUGGAAGCAGUUGCCAGACAGUUUAUUUAUCAGAACUUUCUGGAUGUCAUCCGGAUGGAGGAGUUCUUUGAGCUGCCGGAGGAACGGCUGAUCAGUUUGCUCAAAAGUGAUAAGUUACAGGUUAUGAGCGAAUCACAAGUGUUUGAAGCUGCAUGUUCGUGGCUACAGUAUGAUCCUGGCAAGCGGCUUGACAGAGCCAGUGUUAUACUUCAGAAUAUUCGUUUGGCUCUGCUAGACUGCAAGUACCUGGAAAAUGUGGUGCUGAAGUCCGAGUACUUCCGCACCUGCCCUAAAUGUCAGCUGCUCAUCAGCAAAGCCAUCCGGAUGAAGAUGGACAGCCGGGAGCUGGACAGUGUGGUCCCUCGCGCCCAGCCUCCUUGUAUUUAUGUCAUGGGAGGCAGAAACAGCACCGACAGCCAGCUCAAGAGCACAGAGAAGUAUGACUUCUUGCUGGAUCAGUGGUUGCAGAUGCCUCCCAUGAACAUCGCUCGUACAGCUGUCGGUGCUGCCAGCCUUGAUGGAGUCCUGUAUGCAGUCGGUGGAGAGUGUGCGCUGGCGGACACUCAGGACGACACACUUUAUCUUCACUGUGUUGAGAUGUACGAUCCCAUUCGCAAAAAAUGGGAACACAAGCCGCAUAUGAAACUCGCACGAUCUUUUGUUGCCGUGGCAGCUGUAGGCGGACAUUUAUUUGCAAUUGGUGGUGAAGAUCGCAGUGGAAGCUUCAACAUUGUGGAACGCUACAACCCCAAAACUGAGACUUGGUCUAUAGUCAGUUGUUUGAAACGGAGACGAGCGGGAGCAGGGGUCACUGUCUGUGAUGGGAAAAUUUAUGUUGCAGGUGGCUACGACAAGGGCCCUCACAUGGACAGGGCCAGCAUGGAGGUUUACGACCCAGAUGCUGGAGAGUGGUCUUUUGCCCCAGAAAUGGAGAAGGCCUGUUCGGGCCUGUCCAUGGUCACCCUUGACCACUUCAUAUUUGCCUUUGGUGGACGCUGUCGGCACAUGGAUCAAUAUUUUGAUCUCGUGGAGAGAUACAACACGGUGACCAGACAGUGGACCACGAUAACCCCGAUGACAACCCCACGGGCCUGGUUCGGUAUCGCCGUCUUCGAUAAUAGAAUAUAUGUAUGUGGAGGGUUCGAUGGCAAUUCACGGCUGCGCGACUGUGAGAUGUACGACCCAGAAUCUGAUACCUGGACAGUGAUCAACAGCAUGAAGAUCGGCCGCGCUGGUUGUGGUGCUACAGUGGUUUAA